GUUACCUAAAUUUUAGGUUAAAAUUAUUAAUAAAUUAAUUAUGUCUCCGCAUAAAUUGAAAAAAGAAAAAAAACAUGGUCCAAAACAACUUGGGUCUACAAUAAAGAAGAAAUCAAAAGAAAAAUGUGAUACAGCACAGGAACAAUAUGAUAUGUGGCGAACGGAUGUGUAUGAUAAAUACAAUGCCCUUAAAAAAACUGAUAUCCUCCAUAGUAUAGAUUCCCUUAAAAAAAUUAGGAUACGCAAAAAGUAUAGUCGAGUUAAUGAUUGCAAAAGGAACAUAGAAACGGAGUCAGAUGAUACCAUGUGGCAUAAACCGGGUUAUAUUUUAAACCAUAUACGACAAUCUAUACUAAAACGAGAUUGGGUUUUAGUAAAAAAAUUAACCUUGUUAUUAUCCUCGAAUGAAAAAUUUGAUUGUUAUGUAAAAGAGGUGACUUUUUUGUUAGCAUUAAUGGCUAGUGAUUAUGAUAAAAGGAUUUUAGAUGAAUUAAAACUGUGCUUUUGUUCAAUGGGAAAAGCUAGGGAGGUUAGUGAAAAUCCCUAUGAUAUUUGGUAUGUGGAGAAUAUUUAAAAAAUAAAUUGUUUUCGUCAAU